UGAUUCUUAAUUUCUUAAUUUACAGUAUUUAUCAUAGGUUUAGUCUGCUGUGAAAAAAUUACUCUUUGCUCAGUGCAAACUCAUAAAUUUUGGAGCAAAUAAUUUGAAAUAUUUUUAUAGUGCUUCAUAGUUAAGUAAGGUUGUCAGAUGUCUUAUCCCACUUGAUCUUUACAACAGCCCAGUUUAUGUUCAAUGUGCGUUAUCUUUGUUUUUACAUAAAAGAAAAUUAGGGGUUAGAGAGAUUAAAUUAUAUAUUUAGAAGCAGAGAAUAACAAGAUUCAGUUCUUCUUGUUGGUUCUCCUGUUUGACCACCAUGCUACUACCCUCUAGUAAUACCUGGCUGAGCUGGCCACACUACUGGCCUGGGGGCACAUUCAUAUGUGGAGUAGUGGUUAUUCCUUGUGACACAGUGGACCAGAAACAACUCUCAAGUUUACUUUAGGUUGGGUUUAGUAAAUGCCUGAAAUUUCCCAGGAUGCACCUAGUAUGAUUUCUCCUCCCCCAGUUGCCGCUUAAAAAAUCUGUACAAACAGCACAGGGAUGCUAGAGGUUGUCUGCAUGGGAUGGGAAAUAGAUUAAAACAUCCUUGGACUUGUGGGGGAUGGAUUUUUGUGUGUGUGUGGUACAGAGGCUUGAACUCGGGCACUCCACCACAUCCCCAGCCCUGUUUUGUACUUUAAUUUAGAGACAGGGUCUCCCUGAGUCGCUAGUGCCUCACGGUUGCUGAGGCUGGCUUUGAACUGGAGAUUCUCCUGCCUCAGCCUCCCAAGCUGCUGGGAUUCAGGUGUCUGCUGCUGCACCUGGCUGCCAUGGGAUUUUUAAGGACAAUAAAAAGAUAACAGGUUUCACAAAAUGACUGUUCUUAUACACAUAAUAGUGGUUAAAUGGCAAAUUUUACAUUUUUAUACCACAGUUUAAAUACAUGUAAAUAGCUACUAAAUAUAAAAUGAUAUGAUAAAAAUAUUUGGUUAAUGAAAAAGAAAAGGAAUGAAGAAGCCAGCUCACGUGACAUGAGAAAUGGCCAUGAGUGCCGCAUCAGUUACACUGCAUGUCAGUGGCUUUAGUGCUCCUGUUGAGACACUGUGAUGUACUAGAUUAGAAACAAUAUGCUUUCAGAAAGGGCGUGCACAUGUUAAAUUUUAGAGGAAAGGAGAAGCUUCAUGUCAUUCCAACAGUUAACAAUAUAAAGCUACCAUUGGCUAGCUGGGUAUGGUGGUGCAUACCUCUAAUCCCAGCAGCUCAGGAGGCUGAGGCAAGAGGAUCUCAAGUUUGAGGCCAGCCUCAGUAAGUUAGUGAGACCGUUUUAAAAUAAAAAAUAGGGCUAGAGAUGUAGCUCAGAGGUUGAGUACCCUUGGGUUCAAUCCCUGGUACAGAAAAGAAAAGAAAGCAAGCUACCAUGGCUAUAUUAGACCAAAAAUUUCAAGGAAAUAAAAUUUACUAGGAAAAAUAUGGGACAUUUUAUAACAGAAUAACAUUAGACAAAAACACAUAAUGACUCUAAAAGUGAUAACAUAACUUUGAAGUAUGUGGAGCAUAAAUUGGCAGAAGCUAAAUAAAUAAGUCUACAAUCACAGUUGCAGACAUUAACCAGCCUGCUCUUAGUGACUCGAUGAAUAAGUAGAAAAAGUACAACUGAAAUAAAAAAAAAAAAAAAAGAAGUUGAACAUGAAUAACAAGUCACCCCUCCAGGCGCCCUCGCGAAGUCGCUGCUGGGUGCCUGUCAGCAGUGGAUGAGAGGAGAGGAAGUGUGUUGUGACGGCAUGGGUGAGCAUUGCCAUGGGCAGGAAGUCUCAGUGUCAGACCAGGCAAGGAUGGGAGGGAGACUCUGGUUUGUGCUGAGUGUAGUUAACUGUAGCAAAUGGGGGUCAAGAAAAGGCUCAUAAAUAUGAAGUUCAAUAUGACCACUUGCCACUCCCACCACCUUUUGCAUGCCGCAUUUGAGGAGCUCCUUGGUAGCAGUUGCCACAGUCCUGCAAAAUUAGCACCCACCCCUUUAGGAAUGAGAAGCAGAUUGCAGCCUGUCCAGCUCUCAUGCCUACUAAAGGACAGAUCCUUGCUUUAGGCUCCAGUUUCCCUGACCCUGAACCUCUGUCCCUGAUGCUACUCUGCCUAUCACUGUUGCCCUUAGCUAUUGCUCCUGCCAGUUGAGCCCUAAAGGACCAGCUGAACUUUUUGACAAAUAGAGACAGAAGAGAAGCUUACUCUUGGCAGGAGGAGUGGGAAUGAUGUGAACAAAGGCGGCAGAAAAUGUGUGGCAGUGUCUGGACUAGAAGUAGGGGCCAUGAACCAGAUUGGGCAGUAAAUGAAACAGGUGUGCUGUCCAGAGCUUGAACCUGGCCUCAGCAUGAAGGUAGAGGUGUUCAGAAGUGCCAUGGGUCCCCCUCAAGAUGUGAGUUGAAUUGGACAUCUCAAAAUUUCUCUUUUGUGAGUGUGGGUAUUUAUCAUUACUUUAGAAUAUUGAGAAACUUUUGAAAUGUUGUGUGGCUUUUUUGAGUUUGAGUCUUCUGAAUAGAGUGGCAUUUACUUGAAAAAUACCGUUCCUCUUUUAAGAAGUACAGUUGAUAACUAUAAGGGGGUAUAUUCAUAAUGACCAUGCAGGGGUUGUAGCUCAGUGAUAGAGCGCUUGCCUAGCACUUGCCUAGCAUGUGUGAGGCACUGGGUUCAAUUCUCAGCACCACAUAUAAAUAAAUAAAGGCCCAUCAACAACUAAAGAAAAAAAGUAUUUUAAAAAAAGACUAAGAUUCAUUAAUGCCAGUCUUGUUCUUCUGUUAGGAAUUCUUCAUCUUCUUUCUUUGUCUUUUUCUUUUUUGCUGUGCUUGAGAUUGAACCCAGGGCCCCACUUAUGCAAGGCAAGAUAAAUCCUCAGUCCUGGAAAAUCUUUUUUAUUAAAAAAAAUUGAGGAUUAUGGAAAAUUCAUGCUUUUGAACAAAAAGCUCCAGCAACUUUUAAGUGCAUUUGUAAUUUUGCACAUAAACUGCUCUCUUGGUGAGGAGUGAGCAAUAGCUUUUACUGUUUGUCUUAAAAUUUUACUUGACUUGAAAUCAUAAAACAAGCUACAUAUAGAGAAAUCUUGUCUAUGCCUGUCCUUCUCUAUCCUUAACUGUCCACCUACUAUUUUUAGUUUCUUAUUGUCUCAUUUUUCUGUUUUACAACUGUUUGUGUCUUUUAUUCCCCUUUUCUAUCUUACAAAGUGUGAGAAUGCUGUGUGCACCCUGCUGUGCUCCGUCUUUUCUGCUAGAACAAUGCACUCUAAUCUUCUCCAGAUCCUUUGCUGGAUCUUCCCCACUCUCUUCAUGUUGCACAGAACUCCCUCUUGUGGCUGUGUACCCAGCCAGGCUGGCACUUCUGCACUCCUGAAUCAUGUCUGAUCUUCUGCCUUUGUACACAGUGCUGAGUGGCGCCCCAACAGAGUCAUUCCUGCUGGUUUAGGUAUUGCUGGUAUGUAAAGGCCAAACGCACUUGUGGUUUUGCCCGGUACCAUCAGAUCCCUCCCUUUGGGGUUGUACCAUUCUGCACUUCGUCAGCAGUAUACAGAAGUGUUUAUUUUCCCUGAGCUCCACCAACAGUCGAGAGGAGUUUAACCAAUCUUGAAGCAAGAAAUAGCAUCCUAAUGUAGUAUGAAUUUGCACUUCUCUUUUUAUAAAUGAGAUUGAGCAUUUUUUAAAAUGUUUUUAGGUCAUUUAUACUUCCUAUCAGAAUUUUAAAGGUUUUCAUGUAGUUGAAUUCAUGGAUCUUUUCUUCAGGAUUUUGGUAUGUACUUUAAAAGGACAGGCAGACCUUUGGGAACAUAUGAAAGUUCUGUGAGUUUGUACGUAAGAAGUUAAGACCUCAGUUAGAGUAAGAAAAUGCAUUUUUAUUUUCAGAGGUGCUAUGACAAAUUAAUUGUUUUCCAUUUCAGACUCUCUUGCAUGAAAUGAUACAUGCCUAUUUGUUUGUCACGAAUAAUGAUAAAGACCGGGAAGGACAUGGUCCAGAGUUUUGUAAACAUAUGCAUCGUAUCAACAGCCUGACUGGAGCCAAUAUAACGGUGUACCACACCUUCCACGAUGAGGUAGAUGAGUAUCGGCGACACUGGUGGCGCUGCAAUGGGCCCUGUCAGCACAGACAGCCAUAUUUUGGCUAUGUCAGACGCGCGACCAACAGGGCACCCUCUGCUCAUGACUUCUGGUGGGCCGAGCACCAGAAAACCUGUGGAGGCACCUACAUCAAGAUCAAGGAGCCAGAGAACUACUCAAAAAAAGGCAAAGGCAAGGCAAAGCCAGGAAAGCAGCCAGCGCCAGCCGUGGAGAAUGCAGAUAAGACCAGGAGAGGUGAGGCACAGCCGUUGGUCCCUUUCAGUGGGAAAGGCUAUGUUCUUGGAAAGACAAGCAGUUCACCUGUGCCUGAGAAAGCCAUUACCUCGCAUGCCGUCAAUGAGACCAAAGAUGUUUUUAAUCAAGGCCAUUCAGCAAACACCCUAAGGUCUGAUUCCAGCAUUGAGGUGAAAUUUGAACAGAAUGGUUUAAGUAAAAAAUCAUCUCAUCUGGUCUCCCCUGUUGUCAGUACCAGUACCAGUCACCAAAGCAUCCUGAGCAGCUACUUUCCCAGGGUCUCAGUUGCCAACCAGAAGGCUUUCAGAAGUGGCAGUGGAUCUCCAACAGCAAGUGGGACCAUUGGCGACAUCACUAAACACUCUGUCUCUUCUGGCUCUCAGAGAAGGGUUCCAGCUUCUAAGAUGCCCCUGAGAAAUUCCUCCAGAGCAAAGACAUCAGCAUCUGCAGCUGCAGCCCAGGGUGGGGGUGGGUCCCAAGAGAGAUCCCCAAGCAAACGGCCCAGGCUGGAAGACAAAACUGUUCUUGACAACUUUUUUAUCAAGAAAGAGCAAAUACAGAGUGGUGGCAGUGAUGUGAAGAGUAGUUCACUCCCCGCAGUUGCAAGUCAGAGUUCCAGCAGCUGCUGUAGUCAGAGCCAGUUGGUCAGCUGUCCAGUUUGUCAGGAUGAAGUUCUGGAGUCGCAGAUUAAUGAGCAUUUGGACUGGUGCCUUGAAGGUGAUGGCAUCGGAGUCAGCUUCUGAGAAGCUUCUGGAAAGGCGAUGAGUCUCAUUUGUUGCUUGUGACCUCAGGGACCACCGCCAGCCGUUGGGGGAUCUGGGUGACACCAGGCCUGUGGUUAGCACAGUGUUCUGCUGUUUUACUCUAGGUGGAGGUCUAGAGCUGGGCUCAGGAGCUCAUGCCUGUAGUCCCACUACUCAGAGAGCUGAGGUGGAAGGUAGCUGUGAGCUUAUGAGUUUGAGACCAGUCUGGGUAACGUGGAGAGACUACCGUCUCAAAAAAAAUGUUUACAUCUUAAGGUGCUGGGUUUACUCCUGCCUUACCUACACUGUGGCCCAUAGUUUGUUAUACCUAUGCAGUUUUAGAUAUUUUUGUUCUUUCUUGAAGGCUUUAAAAGCUAUUAAUAUUAAUCUUUAUUUAUAUGUUCUUCUCAAAAUACAUGUCUCAGGAAUGCUGUUGGGUUUUGGUUAAAACUCACUUCCAUAGCACCAGAUGUGCCAAAACCUGGAUGACGUAAAAGUACGGAGUUGAGUCAUUGUAGGGCACUCAAGUUUGGGGUUUUUAUCUUUUUAAAAACAACAGGAUAUAAAUUUUUGAUAUUUUAAAGAAUCUAUCUGUUCCACCUUUACUAAAAGGUAGCAGAUUUUUUGGUUAGAUAAGGAAUAUUAUAAAAUAAAUUUAUUUUGGAAUAUUACGAGUAAUAGCUUCUAGUUUUAUAGGACAGGUUUUAUAUUGAGUUUAGCUUCUCAGAAUUUAGUAAAGGGAGUGGCUAAACUCAGGCUGGGCAGUAGCUGGCCUAUUUGGAUGCCAGUGUUUAGAACCAUCAUAACAAAAAGGGUGCCAUUGGUGCACUUGGUUUGUUCCUUUUGCAGAGGCUCUCUUCCUGUUCCUGCUGUGGCGCAGACAGCUUCUGUAUCAGUUGCAUUGUCUCGCAGGGUACCUCUGCUGUCAGCAUUCCCUUGGCCUCGGAGGUUCACUUUUCUUGGUUCUGAACUCUGGUGGUGUGAUUUGUUCCUGGUCAGGUGCAGGAGUCUUACGGGCCAACCCAAGUAACGUUUACAUGGAAUUCAUCAGUUCACCAUUCCCAUCACCACCAGAGGCUGCUUCUCGUGGUACCGCCUGCUCCCCGGACAGCACCCACCACCUUCACUGUCCCCAAAGGUCACCACUGUUUCCAUCUAAGGUUAGCUCAGCCUGUUUCUGAAAUUGAUGAAGAAGAGGUGGUGUUGCUGUGUGUAGAGCUCCUCACUGCCCCCAUGUGGUGUGCAGGUUUCCAUCCACUCCAGCAUUAGUAGGAUUCUCAGUUUGGAGCCAUUGUGAAUGUUGCUGCUGAGCACACUCCUGCUCCGCCCAGUGUGCACAUUGGGAAGGGCCUGUGGGGUCACGUGGCUCUGGGGAACACUGUUGGGGUGCACUCCUCCAGCAGUGCAGGAAAGCUCUUAACUGGUUUUGGCCUGCCCAAGUGUUCAUAUGUCUUAAAGCGUGAAGUUAAUCACUAUUUAAUAAAUAUUUAUAAAUGGC